AUGGGAGUAUAUUAUUCUUUAAACAAGGAAAAUGAUUAUAUUUAUCAAAGUAGAAUUUUAAAAGGAAAGCUAACUUCAAAUAUCUACACAAACAAACGUAAACAACAACAUUGUGGACUAAGGAAAUAUUCAUUGAAAUCGAAUACUCGUAUUGUAAAGUUGAUUAACCUUACUACUUCUGACAAUCAAAGUAUACUAACAUAUAUGUAUGCACCUUCUGAAAGCAAAUCGAAUAUAAUUUCACAGAUAUCUUUUGAUACCUCCAUGAAUUCAAGGGAAUGUGACUCACCUACACUACCAAGAAGAAAGUCACCAACUUCAGUACAUGCUAAAAUUUUUAACAGUUGUGUUCCUCUCUCUGGUCUACGUCGAUCGCUGUCUUUGCCAAAGCAAAACACUCUAUUAAAUAAUAAACAUCAUUCUCCUGAAUUUCGAAUAGGAAUGUCAGGUUCAAAAUAUCUUUCCAGACAUGAUUCAAAGCGUUCAGCAACAGCUGGAAGUGCUUCACCUAUUGGUACAGAGCCUUCACUCUCUUCUGGUAGCUGUUCUAAAGAACCAUUAUAUAAAUGGAAAAAUACUAAAGGUAGUCAAUCGUUUCAGGAUAAACAGCCUUACAAAGAGUUUGAUUUUGGUCAAGAUAAUCUUGUAUUUGAAGAAGGCUUAAAUUAUGUGAUAGAUGAUCAAGCAACAACUGCUCUAGCAAAACAAGCAGCUUCCACUCAACAACCAAUAGAAAAAUUAAAUGUUCAAAAUAAAAAAUGUGUUGCUUCAUCACUUCAAUUGUCUACAUCACAAAUUUCUCCACCUCCAACCGAUUGGGAUACACAUAAAGCACUUAGUCUUGAAAAUAGUCGUUUCAAUGUACGCAUUUAUCCUAUUUUACAGAAUGGUGUAAAAAUAAGUGAUACACAUUAUUGGCUUCUUGAUCCUCCACGAUGUAGAACAUUAAAUAAUACUUCUACUCUUAUACGAAGAGCAACGGAUUGUGUACGUGUUCCUCCUUCUUCACCGUUGGACAUUUCUCCUACAGUUGAUGGAUAUACAAAUAUUGAAUCGACAGAUUUUUGUCCACCAGAUGAAUUACCACUGAAAGAUGUUAAACUUAGACGUGGUAAAUCUGAAAUUUGUAAAGACUCCUUAAAGUAUUUUCAUCAAGAGCUAGUUUUACGCCUUAUGAAAGAAGUUCCACAAGCUACUGAAUCAGAAUGUCAAGCUGUAUUGAUUGGGAGUAGUUAUGAUUACGAUGAAGCAACAAGACGUUUAAAAUUUGAAUUAUUAUGUCGUAAAGGUUAUAUCUCUAGAUCAAAUUGUAAACGUUUAUUAAGUAAAUGUAAUUGGGAUUUAGAUGCAGCUAUUUCACGUGCACACUAUGAAUAUGAGUAUCGUAAACUUCGACGUCAACAAAAAGAUAAUGAAUUGUUAACAAAUCCAAAGGAGGUGAAAUCGCCUAGUAGUAGUGAUCAGUCUAGAAGUCGUAAUUCUUUCUUGGUGCCACGUUCAUCAACAUCCUCUGAUUCCUCAGUCUCACCAUUACCAUGCUCUAUUCAUCAUGAGUCUGUUGCUUCACCAUGGUGUGAUGAUAAUCGGAGAAGUAAUCCAUUUUAA